CUCAAGUCGGCGAUGGGGCUCAGCAAACCGCAUACGCACGAAGGAAGGUUAUCAAUCUUAAUCUGGGGAUAGAAUGGUCACGUGUCGCUGAUUUACGUCCGCAACACAUGAAGUCGGGUCCUUAGACCGCCUUGGUCCCUGGCAAAGUUGUGCGAUUGUGGAGAAACCCAUGCAAUAGGCAGGCCAUGCGACAAUGUAGUGCGGCUGUGAUAUGGAAUAACGGCAUGAGAUCGGCCCUUUGAUAAUUUCAUACUUCUUCAAGAAAUGAAUAUAAGUGAUAGCAUCAAGGACGUUCAAAUGGAAAUCAACACACAGCAAUUCUCAUCUUCAUUCCAUUCCAGCUUCUUUUUCUCGAUACACAAGCACGACAUAAAUCACUACAACGAUCAAGAUGAAGCUUUCUACCUCUCUUUUGGCUCUCCUCCCCGCAGCAUCACUCGCCUGCAACCAUGAGAAUGCAAAGCGUCAGGCAGGCGGAAAUGAAACAGAGAACCCAUUCAAGUUCACCGUUGGGACUGACGGACCCGCUGACCCUGCAACAAACGGCUACUUUAUCAACCACGUUGCUCUCCUAGUCUCCAACAUCACCGCAUCACGAGACUGGUACAGAGACGUGCUCGGCAUGCGCCACAUCUUCACCUUCGACAUGAACCGCGACUACAUCAUCAGCUACAUGGGCCACUCGCAAGGCGGGCGCAACGGCACUGGAUUCCAGACCGGAGAGGAGCUUCUCAAGCACAAGAACAACCUCGCCGGCCUCCUCGAGCUCCAACAAUACACACCCGAUUCCGCCGACAAGAAAUUCACACCCACACGCGCAAACACCCUCUCCCACAUGGGCCUCAUCGUCCCCAACAUCCAAGCCGUUCAGGACCGCUGCGACGAACUCGGCGUCACUGUCGUCAAGAGGAUCGGCGUCACCGGCUUCGAGCCCAAUGCCGGGAACGCGGAUUUUGCGGCUGCUUGGGGCAUUGACGAUCUCGAAAAUGCGUCGGUCCAGGCAAGGAUCGCGGCGGUGCUGGCUGGCAUUGAUUCGUUGGGCUUCAAGGACUUCAUUGUCAUUGCGGAUCCGGAUGGUAAUUUGUUUGAGGUGCAGUCUUUGGUGCCUGCUGGGGAGGCGGGGAUCUAGAUGAGAUAGAUGUGUUGUCUUUGAACAAGGGCAUCCGAUGAGGUUCUCUUUCAUUUCUACUUGUACAUAUGUUAGUUUGAAAGCAGGUGAUGAUGCUGGUACAUAGAUAGACUGCGUAAGAUAUUUUUGCCCAGUUCAUA